GCUCCUUCUCGCUGUGGGAUCUGGGGCAAGUUAUUGAAGCUUUCUCUCAGUUUCCAUAUCAGGAAAAUAAGAAAAUGGCAAUACCUAUCUUAUAAAGAGGUUAUGAGAAGGAAAUAUAGAGCAUGGUGUGGGAUAAAUAGUAAGCACUCCAUCGACAGCACCUAUUUUUAUUAUUAUGAAUGCAUGGAUUAUAUAUAAAAGUCUCCAUGGCCAUCUAUAGCUGUGUGUCGGGGGGGAAUGGAUGUGUGUGUAAAUGUGUGUAUCUUGCCGUUUGAGCAGCUUAGGGAGGUGCAUAUGUACGAAUGUGUGUAUGAUAUGAGUGUGCAUAUAAGAAAAUGUGUGUAGGUGAGAGAUGCAAAGGGGUGUGUAUGUGAAUAUUUGGGUGAGUGGACAGCUGAGAGCAGAGGAGAAAGGUUUCUUGGGAAGAAAGAGUCUGAAUGUAUCAACGUGCCCCGAGCCCACUCAGCCACCCCAUCACCCAGAGUUCCUGGAAGCUGCUAUUGUACUAGGUGGUUCCCAGCAGCCCGGCUGCCUCCCAGCCCCUCCUUUGCCUCCCCUCCCAGCAGUGCCAGCUGGGGCAGGAUUCCUACCCUACACCACCAUCAUUAACUUGGGAUUAAGCUAGGCUCUCCAGCCGAGAUGAUGCCGUCACCGCCCACCGCCUCCGCCUCUGAGGCCUGGGGCGGCAGGGAGGGAGAAUGGCAUGAGGGAUGCCUGCACCGGGCCAUUCCUGGGAGCCCUACCUCCUAUCUCAUUCUGAGAGCUGCUUAGCAGCUGCCCUCACUCCCAGGGGGCCAGAGCUGAGCCUCAUCUGCAGCAUGGGGUCACCCCCUACUCCUGGAAGAAGACUGACGGCUGGAUGCGCUGGGAAAGGAACUAAUUGGUUAAUGGGGAUCCCUUUCCCCAUGACCCACCAACGAAGGCCUGAAAUCAGCUGUGUUAAGAGGCAGAAGCCAAUUAGGGAUAGCCUGGCUCCCACCUGACACCUAAGAAGCAAAACGGACUGGCCCCACCAGUCAGCAGAGAGCCCGCCCCAGCCCUGCCGAAGGGCAGAUGGGAUGUCCGGCCAAUCUGUGGCUCUUCAUCCCCUGCCCUGCCCUGCAGCAGGACAAUGAUGCAUGAAGAGAGAGGAGUCUGCCCCACUUGCCUGUGUGGUACUCACUGGUCCACCAAGCUCAGGAGGAAUUGAUCUGUCUGUGCCACAGACUUGCUGGGUGACCAUGGGCAAGUCACUCCCUUUUCUGGACAUUUCUUGAAUUGUGAUACUGGUAUUGUAUAAAACUGCCACCAAAGCAAACUGCCCACCCUCCACCCACCAUAAGGCAAUCCUCCUCCUCCAAGUCCCCACCCCACACGUGGCUCCAGCAGACAUCUGCUGAGCACACUCUCAAUGCCCGCCACCUUCCAAGGGUUUGUCUGGCUGAAUCCUCACACAGACCCUGGGAGGUGAACUCAUAUUCUUUUCAUUUCACAGGUGAAGACACUGAGGCUCAGAAGGGUUCUAUAACUUUCCCAAGGUCCCAUGGCUAGUAGAGGGCCAGCCUAGUACCCAGGCCCAGGCCUUGUUGGUCCACACUGCCCCAGUAAGGGUAUUAGGCUCCAGGGACACACAUCCUCUCUGCAUGUUUGUGGCUGGCGACGUCUCAUGCACCUCACACCCCACAGAUCAGUUCUCCUGUAAGCCUCCCUUGAAAGCCCCCCAGGAGGUAGAACUGCCUCCAUUCUGAGGUAGAAAUGCCAUUAUGGCAUUUGCUGCCGUGCACUGUCAAUUUCCUGUCUCCCUCCUUAGACCACAAGCCCCUUGAAGAAGAAGGACUGUGUCUUAAUCAUUUUUACAAGCCAGUCUCUAGCCCAGUGCUGGGUAUAGAGCAGGUGCUCAAUACCUGAGUGUAGGAUGGGUGAUUGAUUGAACUAAUAUGGCCAGAUGGGGCCUGCCCAGCCUAUUUAAAUUCAAAUUUAAAUUAAUUAAGUAAUAUGAAAUGUAAAAUGUCAUCCCUCAGUCGCAAUAGCCACAUGUCAAGUGCUCAAUAGCCCCACAUGGCUAGUGGUUACCACAUUGAACAGUGCAGAAAAUGGGACAUUCCCAUCAUCAGAGAAAGUUUUACUGGACAGCACAGCCCAAGAGGCCAGGCUCCAGCCAGGCCCAGACUCUGAGGCCUCUGGUGGUAUCAUCACCUGCAGCUUGGAGUUCAGCCCUGGGAUCCCCAACCACCUUCGGGCCUGUCUUUGAAGACCAGCCCCUCAGUGUGCUAUUCCCAGAGGAGUCCACAGAGGAGCAGGUGUUGCUGGCAUGCCGCGCCCGGGCCAGCCCUCCAGCCACCUAUCGGUGGAAGAUGAAUGGUACCGAGAUGAAGCUGGAGCCAGGUUCCCGUCACCAGCUGGUGGGGGGCAACCUGGUCAUCAUGAACCCCACCAAGGCACAGGAUGCCGGGGUCUACCAGUGCCUGGCCUCCAACCCAGUGGGCACUGUCGUCAGCAGGGAGGCCAUCCUCCGCUUCGGCUUUCUGCAGGAAUUCUCCAAGGAGGAGCGAGACCCAGUGAAAACUCAUGAAGGCUGGGGGGUGAUGUUGCCCUGUAACCCACCUGCCCACUACCCAGGCUUGUCCUACCGCUGGCUCCUCAACGAGUUCCCCAACUUCAUCCCGACGGACGGGCGUCACUUCGUGUCCCAGACCACAGGGAACCUGUACAUUGCCCGAACCAAUGCCUCAGACCUGGGCAACUACUCCUGUUUGGCCACCAGCCACAUGGACUUCUCCACCAAGAGCGUCUUCAGCAAGUUUGCUCAGCUCAACUUGGCUGCUGAAGAUACCCGGCUCUUUGCACCCAGCAUCAAGGCCCGGUUCCCAGCAGAGACCUAUGCACUGGUGGGGCAGCAGGUCACCCUGGAGUGCUUCGCCUUUGGGAACCCUGUCCCCCGGAUCAAGUGGCGCAAAGUGGAUGGCUCCCUGUCCCCGCAGUGGACCACAGUUGAGCCCACCCUGCAGAUCCCCAGCGUCAGCUUUGAGGAUGAGGGCACCUACGAGUGUGAGGCGGAGAACUCCAAGGGCCGAGAUACCGUGCAGGGCCGCAUCAUCGUGCAGGCUCAGCCUGAGUGGCUAAAAGUGAUCUCGGACACAGAGGCUGACAUUGGCUCCAACCUGCGUUGGGGCUGUGCAGCCGCCGGCAAGCCCCGGCCUACAGUGCGCUGGUUGCGGAACGGGGAGCCUCUGGCCUCCCAGAACCGGGUGGAGGUGUUGGCCGGGGACCUGCGGUUCUCCAAGCUGAGCCUGGAGGACUCGGGCAUGUACCAGUGUGUGGCAGAGAAUAAGCACGGUACCAUCUACGCCAGCGCCGAGCUAGCCGUGCAAGCACUCGCCCCUGACUUCAGGCUGAAUCCCGUGAGGCGUCUGAUCCCCGCGGCCCGCGGGGGAGAGAUCAUUAUCCCCUGCCAGCCCCGGGCAGCUCCAAAGGCCGUGGUGCUCUGGAGCAAAGGCACAGAGAUUUUGGUCAACAGCAGCAGAGUGACUGUAACUCCAGAUGGCACCUUGAUCAUAAGAAACAUCAGCCGGUCAGAUGAAGGCAAAUACACCUGCUUUGCUGAGAACUUCAUGGGCAAAGCCAACAGCACUGGAAUCCUAUCUGUGCGAGAUGCAACCAAAAUCACUCUAGCCCCUUCAAGUGCCGACAUCAACUUGGGUGACAACCUGACCCUACAGUGCCAUGCCUCCCACGACCCCACCAUGGACCUCACCUUCACCUGGACCCUGGACGACUUCCCCAUCGACUUUGAUAAGCCUGGAGGGCACUACCGGAGAACUAAUGUGAAGGAGACCAUUGGGGAUCUGACCAUCCUGAAUGCCCAGCUGCGCCAUGGGGGGAAGUAUACGUGCAUGGCCCAGACGGUGGUGGACAGCGCGUCCAAGGAGGCCACAGUCCUGGUCCGAGGUCCGCCAGGUCCCCCAGGAGGCGUGGUGGUGAGGGACAUUGGCGACACCACCAUCCAGCUCAGCUGGAGCCGUGGCUUCGACAACCACAGCCCCAUCGCUAAGUACACCCUGCAAGCUCGCACUCCACCUGCAGGGAAGUGGAAGCAGGUUCGGACCAAUCCUGCAAACAUCGAGGGCAAUGCCGAGACUGCGCAGGUGCUGGGCCUCACCCCCUGGAUGGACUAUGAGUUCCGGGUCAUAGCCAGCAACAUUCUGGGCACUGGGGAGCCUAGUGGGCCCUCCAGCAAAAUCCGGACCAAGGAAGCAGCCCCCUCGGUGGCACCCUCAGGACUCAGCGGAGGAGGUGGAGCCCCCGGAGAGCUCAUCGUCAACUGGACGCCCAUGUCACGGGAGUACCAGAACGGAGACGGCUUCGGCUACCUGCUGUCCUUCCGCAGGCAGGGCAGCACUCACUGGCAGACCGCCCGGGUGCCCGGCGCCGAUGCCCAGUACUUCGUCUACAGCAACGAGAGCGUCCGGCCCUACACGCCCUUUGAGGUCAAGAUCCGCAGCUACAACCGCCGCGGGGAUGGGCCCGAGAGCCUCACUGCACUCGUGUACUCAGCUGAGGAAGAGCCCAGGGUGGCCCCUACCAAGGUCUGGGCCAAAGGGGUCUCAUCCUCAGAGAUGAACGUGACCUGGGAACCCGUGCAGCAGGACAUGAAUGGUAUCCUCCUGGGGUAUGAGAUCCGCUACUGGAAAGCUGGGGACAAAGAAGCAGCCGCAGACCGAGUGAGGACAGCAGGGCUGGACACCAGUGCCCGAGUCAGCGGCCUGCAUUCCAACACCAAGUACCAUGUGACCGUGAGGGCCUACAACCGGGCUGGCACUGGGCCUGCCAGCCCUUCUGCCAACGCCACGACCAUGAAGCCCCCUCCGCAGCGACCUCCUGGCAACAUCUCCUGGACUUUCUCAAGCUCCAGUCUCAGCAUUAAGUGGGACCCUGUGGUCCCUUUCCGAAAUGAGUCUGCAGUCACCGGCUAUAAGAUGCUGUACCAGAAUGACUUACACCUGACUCCCACGCUCCACCUCACCGGCAAGAACUGGAUAGAAAUCCCAGUGCCUGAAGACAUUGGCCAUGCCCUGGUACAAAUUCGGACCACAGGUCCCGGAGGGGAUGGGAUCCCUGCAGAAGUCCACAUCGUGAGGAAUGGAGGCACAAGCAUGAUGGUGGAGAACAUGGCAGUCCGCCCAGCACCACACCCUGGCACCAUCGUUUCCCACUCCGUGGCGAUGCUGAUCCUCAUAGGCUCCCUGGAGCUCUGAUCCUGGAACCCCUCCCUCUGCGCCGCAGCUGGAUGCCACCUCCAAUGGACACAGCCAGCCGGCCCCUUCCUGCUGCCAAGGUGGCCUGACACUGUGCCAGAGAGUGGCUGGUUUUAAAUACCUACUUUAAACAGUGCCCUUUUUGUAGGAGGUAGGAUAUUUUAUAUUCUGCCGCAGGAUAGAACCCACGCAAGGAUUUUCUUUAAAUCGAGAGGCACCAGGCAGUAACUUCCAUGAUGACACUGACGCCUAUACCUGAGCUCUAGGCUGCCUGGAGGGAAGGAACAGGCCUGUGGGAAGAAGGGGGUUUUAAAAACAUGUCUUCAACUCAGCAGAGAUGGCACUCUGGGACCCUAUACAGACUCAGCCACUUGAGAGCAGUCCUAGGCCCGGCAGGAACACCAGACAUGAACAGGCUGAAGAACUGGGGCGAAGUGCACACCUCACCAUCCUUCAGUCUAAGGAAGAAGGGCAAGCCCUGGGACCAAGAACUCUCCUACCUUCUCCCUUCAGCAGCAGCAAGGACCCUGACGCUGUCCCUGAUGACUCCCUAGGGGCUCCUGCCUGCCCAAGCAGCUGAGAACCAGCACCCCGAUGCCUGAGGCUGGGAGCCUGAGCCCCUUCAGCUCUGAGGGGGAUGAUACUCCAGGCUGCUUGGGGUGGGAGCCAAAAACAGUUGAGAGGCCAGGGCCCUUGGUGGAAAGGGGCACCAGCCUUGGUCUGAGAUAGUCACAACCUAGGUGACGAUGCCCUCUCAGCCAACACUGCCAACCUGACCCUGUCAUCCCCAGAUUGACAGUGCCACUUCAGGUGGCUGGGUGACUAAAGGGCUUGUUUUGGUGGGGUCUCCCACCCCUCCAAGACCCAUCCUGCACAGUCCCUCCAGGGUUUGGGCAGGAGAUGGCCAAUCACGCACCCGCCUCUCCCUCCAGCGCUGCCUGCAGUCAGCUCGGCCUCCCCGACCUGCAGCCCCAGACUCUGCUCUCCCAGCACUGACUCACUCCUGCCUGGGAGGGGAAUGCAGCACUCAUGCUGUGUGUCCUGGAAUUGGGAGGUUUCUGGGAAGGGCAGAGGAUAAAUGUGGCCCUGCCUGCUCCCAGGUAUACCUAGGACCACCUGGCCAGAUCCGCUCCCAGACGGCCUUGGACUGCUUGCAUUUCCCCAGAGAAAAAGGGGUUAAUAAAUGGGCCAUCCUUUCCUGAGCUCUGGGUAUACUACCAGUCACAGAACGUCGGAGUUGGAAGAAGCCUUAGAGCUCAACUUCUUCAAGCCCCUCAACAGAUGAGGAAAUGGAGGUGGUCCAGAGAGGAUCUGAGAUUCCCAAGGUCACAGCCCGGAAGAGAUGGGGCUGGGUUAAGAACUCGAGUCUCCCACCUUUCUGUUCAAGGCUGUUUGUCUACCCAGAGGAAGGAGGCACUGCUGAAUGGCUAUGGCCUGGCUAAGAAGGUGGUUAGUCAGUAGGGUAUGAAAAUUCUACUUCAAGGGGUUCGGAUUGGUGAUCAUGGGGAUUGGCAUGGCUGGGUUCCAGUCCAAGGUGUGGGCAGAGCUUCUACCGAACUUCAACAUGGAGUGCUGACUUGAAGCUCCCUGUCACCCUCCAAAGAGGCCAAAGCAAGAGCAGAUUCCCUAGGCAAGAGCAGCAGCACAACCAGGAAACCCCAAAGCCCGUGCUCUGACAGGUGGCUCUUCACAGGGGGCAGCGGGACAGGCAUCUUGAAGGGCAUAUGUCCUCGGAAGCUCUGAGCCUGUUUUCUGUAGUUUACAGUUAGAGCUCUAUUUUGUUAAUGGUUUUUUAAACUUUUAAGUCCUGCUCUAUUUUCCUGGGCAGGUUUAUGUUGAUGUUUACCCACUACAAUUUUUUAGAAAUAUAAGCUCACAUGCCUUUUCCCUGCCACAACCACAUCCCCACUGCACCCUACCCACCCACCCCCAGCCCAGGUCAGCUUUCCUAGAGCUGGCUCAUCAAAGCCUCCUCACCUCUUCCCAACCCUUACAAGCAAGGGUGCUAGGGGCUCAGCUAUAUGACCAUUCUCCCUGACAGGGAGUCUAAACUUGGCCUAGCAUCCCUCCUGGCCCCCCUCUGGCCACGACUUGGCCUGUGCCUGGUUCUCCAUCAGAAAGGGGAUGCUGAACAAAACCUCCUUCCAAGUUUUAUCCAAUUCCUUCCUCAUUGCCUCGGGCUGUGUCAGGGGAAGCAGGGGACAGGUGUCCAGUUGCUGGGCUGAGGGAGGAGCUGGUUUGGCAUAGGACCUAACCAGUGAAGCUGGAGGCUACAGCCCCUAAACUUGCUUGAGGCCAACGAUACUUACAAGUACCUUAAUGCUAAUGAGGUCCACUAAAAAGGGGAGGAAGGCAGACCUCCUGGGAGACCCACGAAGGGUUUUUAACCAGGGAAAACUGAGCCCCAGGAAAACCUGGGCAGACAGAAUUUGAGGGAUAGAACGACAAUAAAAUAAAUGUUCCUGCAGCCUGAGAUUUCAGGUAGAGUACUGACUAAGGUUUAAUAAGACAAUAGGUGACCUGAGGACAUGCAAGCUUGUAAAAUGCAACAGCCUUCUGCUAGAGUGACUUGUACAUGAGCUUGCUUGCAGAAGACUAGAUCAGAUGCUUCUCAGGAUCCCCUCCUGCCCAGGGAUUCUCUGAUUUUCGUGUUCUCUGCCCAGAUGGGCUGGAGGAGUUGAGAGUGUGCUUAUUUUCACUGUGAUGAUGAGACCACGGUUCUGGGUUAUCUCCUCUCACACAUCAAGCCCCAGAGGAGACGGCAAGAGGAACAGCCACAAACAAGUACUUUACCCCACAGCUUAGUGGCCAGUAAACACCUUGGGGACUAGGGACAGGAACCACCUGUAGGCACCUCUUAGGGCCCAGGGAGAAAAGUGUCCUCUCUUCUGCAUACAUUUGGGCUCCCCUUACAGAGCCCUUUGCCCUGGCUCCGUGGUCCUUGUUGCUCUAACAAUCCAGAUGUACACCCAGCCUCAGGGGGAAGGCAGCUCUCUCCUGAUGGAGUCUCAGGGCCCAGCAAGGUCAGGUUAUCUGCUUUCAUUCAGGGCAGCACAUGAUACAAAUGGUGCCAGGGAGUGGCAAGGCCAUGGGGUAGGUGGGGGGUGUCUUUUUCUUUUCAUAAAGUAACAACAGACGAAACAGGUUAAACAUCAGAAAAAAACCUCUGGAAUGACAUUCCUCAUUCCAGGAGGCCCUGGAAUAAGGAAGAGCUUCUUUCUGAGGGACCUUUGAGGAAUUUUGACAGCUGUUGACAUGGGGUCUAGGAUAGGUGAAGCUGUGACUGGAGGGGCAGGAGAUGGUCCAAGUGUCCAUCCAGAGAUGAGACUCUUAGAAUCAAAGUGUUCAGCCCAGGAUGUCUUGGAGAUCCCACCUGCUGUGGCCCCGCACCUUACGGGAAGCCAUUAAGGGGGCUCAUCUGGGAAUUCUGGUUACAGCCCAGUGCUUAUCCCAGCAUAUGCUGACUCUUUAGGGCAGCCCCAAGGGCCAGCCAGCCUGUACUCUGGGCAAGAGCCCAAAAUGGCUAGGAAUGUUUGACUCCCUUAAUCUCUUCCCCAGCUACAGAGGAAUCUUUUCUCUGCCUGGUCUCAGAAUGGCACUGCCAACUGGCUCACUGGUCAGAGACACAGGUCAAACCUGUGGCCACUGGCAUGACAGUGGUGCUCUGUCUCCCUGGGUGAGGCCUACCCUAGGCUUCCUCCUGGAUGUGAUGGGGAUUGCCAGAGAGUCUCUUAGCAUAAAAGGGAUUAGAAGGGCAUUUUUCUAUGUGCCUCCAAAAAGCUCUAUGGAAACAGGCACCUGGUAGCUGCGGGACACCCGUGGACUUGUGUAUAUGGUCAUAGGCUUUGGGCAGACAGGACGUAAAGGAAAAUGAGAGAAACAAAAUGGGUCAGAUAGCUUUGGCCAGAGCCCCAGGCAGCCUUUGGGGCCCAUGACACUUAGUGCCCUUAGAUGGGAUACAUCUUGCCUCGGCCCCAAGACUCCUCUAACUUACCUGUCCCAUCCAGGGCCUGCACAGCUUAGAGAGACUCACAGCUUGGCAAAUGCUAGGGCUUCAUCGGACCACUGACUUGACUCAGUGUUUGUUAAAACGGAACCACUCCCACUGGCCUACUAUUUCUCUCCUGUACUUCUUGUAAUGAUAGUUAUUUAUUGACUCUGGUAGCAGGCAGUUCUUAAAUAAAGAUGGUUUCUCAACCUGUUGGGGCAGCUGGC